CGGAGGGUCCCGCAUGUAAUUUGCAUGAUCCUCCUUUAGUCUUUUCCCGUCAGUCAACGAAGCAGACAAGUCACAUCUGGGUCAGGUAAAGACGUCGGCAUUCCUUAUCAGUCCACAGCUUCUGCUCCAAGAACGGCCAAGAAACACCACAAGGAGACUAAACACGAGGAAUUAAGACUGAAGUUUAACCAUGGAUAUUGAAAACGCCGAAGAGUAUGCGAAGAACCGGGAAGGACAACAGAAGGUGGCGAUGGAUCUUAUAAACAGGUACAUCACGUGGAGAGAGGGUGAUGUUGUCCUGGAUGUCGGCUCUGGUACCGGAGAGAUCACCAAACUCAUGUCUCAGCAGCCGGGAGUCAAGUCUGUGGUCGGGAUCGACUUGUCCUCAGACUUCAUCAGUUUCGCAUCCAAGAACAACGCUGCUGAGAACGUCAGUUUCCACGUGGCCGACGCCUCUAAGUCCGCCGACUUCAAACCGGAGUGGAAGGGUGCCUUCACCAAAGCCACCUGCUUCACCGUCCUGCACUGGAUCCAAGACAAACGAAGCGCCUUUAAGAACAUCGCCUCCUGUCUUGAGCCUGGAGGAGAGCUGGUGAUCAACUGUCUGUUGGAGUCAGCGGCUCAAAUAGGCAAGUUAGAUCUGCCCAGGUGGAGAGGUUACCUGAAAGAUUUCACCUACAAUAUCUACCCGUGGCCCAAUGAUGACAUUGAGGGGAUGGGCCACCUGUUUGAGGAGGUGGGGUUUGAAGUUCUGACGUGUAACGGACAGCCUGCGCCGCCCAAGUCUUUCCCGACCGACCCGGAGGGUUUGAAAGCCGUCAUGCGCACGAUGCUGCCUCAGCUCAAGUUCAUACCGACCGACAAACAGGACGACUAUCUGACGGAUGCCUACUGCGCAAUCGCAGAGAUGAGGAAGGAUUUUAAAGAGGGUGACCCUGAAGCUGUAGUUGCGCAUGUGCGCAAAGUUUGACUCAAGUCCCCAUCCACAUACUGCAAGUCACUAGGGUUACCCACUUAGGGAAUAUCGCAGUUAAGUUAGGCUAUUAAAAGCGUAGAUUCCUGGCCUUUCAUGCAAUAUUUCUGUCCUUGACCUAGUACGUCACGUCAGACCAUCUGUUUAGUUGUGCCAUGUUGAUUUGAUUAUAUGGAUGACAUCCGCGCGCGCAUGAAUUUUC